AUGACCACCAUGUUCGAGUCCGCGACAGCACUCUCAUUGUUGGCUUUGGCACUGCUGCUUCUGGUGCCGAUCUUUAUCUUCCCAAGGUUCGAGGGCUGGGCCCAGAGCGGCAGAUCGAGCAUCUUGCAGAGAUUCUGGUCCCGGAAUGAUGGGACCAGUGAGAUUGUGUCGUUGCGUGUUUAUCCCAUCAAGUCCUGCCGUGGGAUGCAAUUGACCAAGACCUCGCUCCGCAUGCACGGCCUGGAGCUUGACCGAAGAUGGAUGUUUGUCGAUGCAGAGACCCGCGAGUUCCUGACCAUCCGUCAGAUUCCCGAAAUGACUCUCAUCAAUACCGGUCUCAGCGCAGACGGCGACUUUCUCCAACUGAGCAUCACCGGCGUCAACGACAAAGUCGUCAGCAUCCCGGCCCGUCCAACCGAAGAGUGGUUGACGGCCCAUACGUCCCUGGCUCAGGUUAAGAUCUGGGACACCCUGACCGAUGGCCAUCUGUACGGACCGGAAGUGAACCAGCUCUUUUCGACUUUCCUACACCGCAACGUCUGUCUCGUCUACAAGGGCCCCACUCCACGCAUCCUGCAAGGCAACGGUGCCCCCCAACUUCUGGGACGCACGCAGAGCACCAAUUUCCCAGACGUCCAGCCUGUACUCAUCGCAUCCGAGGCGUCAAUCGCAGAGCUCAACUCCCGUCUUAGGAAAAACGGCGCAGAUGCCAUCACCAUCGAACGAUUCCGUCCGAAUAUCGUCAUCAAAGGAAACGCGCCCUGGGCAGAGGAUUCGUGGAAACUCGUCUGCAUCAGCCCUUCCGAUCCGGCAAAGGCCAGUGUAACAAGACCUCUUGACAUUGACAUCGUUGCGCGGUGCACGCGCUGUCAGGUGCCAAACGUCGCCCCCGAAACGGCAGAGAAACACAAGAAAGAACCCUGGGAUACCCUGAUGAGUUAUCGACGAAUCGACGAGGGUAUGAAGUAUAAGCCGUGUUUCGGUAUGCUCAGUGCGCCUCGCAAUGAGGGGGAUGUUGAAGUUGGUAUGAAGUUUCAGGUGUUGGAGGAGACUAACCAGCAUAGAUACGUGAAGGGUUUCUGA